CCUUUCAGAGUUACAGUCCGAGCACUCGGUCCAGGUUGCUAUGAUGGCUGCUCGCAGGGCUGAGCUUGCUCAGAAGCAGAGAAAGGGGCAUACCGAAUCUCCUUUCCAAGAUGAUGAAGAGCUCCUUCCUACGGGUGAUGACGACGAGACUUCUGAGGAGGAAUAUGUGGAUAUCGAUACUGACAGAGAAGAGCUUGAUACAGGUAGGGCAGUUGACGAUCAUGAGUCGCCAGCUUCUCGUUAUACGAGCUCAGGGCCCGGCGAUCGAGCUCCAACGCAUGUUGAGAUGUGUGACAAAUCCGUGCAUGACCGACCUGUUGGUCCUAGGAGGGCUGACGCCCCGAAAAGGAAGAAGACCGCUCAUAAACCGCACGACGGUCAGCGUCCUUAUGGAGUGGAUGUAGGAAGCAUCGCCGAUGGAGGGGAAGGGUUCUUUGAAGAGGGCGAGCUUCCACCGGGUCCGGUAUCUCCUGGAUCUGAUAACAUGGAUUGCUUCAUGCAGCAGAUGUGCGACGCCCUUCAUGAUGGUUCUCUGGGCAUCGAUCUAAACAUUGAUCUUGAGCAGGUGAAUAGUGUUGAGCCCAUCGUCCCAUAUUCAGGUUAUCCUGCAGAUGUCGUGAUGGAAAAGCCAGCUGAGGAUGGAGCCUAUCAUGAUGUAGGUUUCGAGGAACGGGGGUGUGCUCCUGUACCAAGUUUCUCGAACCCCGACGCUGGAUUAUUAACCGACAUGCUGGCUGAACAGACUGCCAGAGGAACCAUGAGACCACCCUUUGAGAGUGAUUCAUUCACAGCGCCAGUCAUUGGGAUUAACCCAAUAUCGAUUCCCGGCAUAUCUAGCUUACCUCGGAGUGACGGGCUUGCAGGACCAGCCACUUGGGCCGAUACCCUUAUGACUCUUGGCAUUCCCGUUGCAUCUGAUGACGGUGGGAUUACCGGACCGGCCGUUGUGCCUGAUACUACUACAGUUUCCGGGACUGAAAGUUUGCAUAAAAGUGGCGUCUUCAUGCCCUUGCCGAGUGGUAUGAGCGAUCUGCCUACAGGGGUUGAUAUACCCUCCAUGACCACUUCUGCCAUUAUCUCGGAGUCCGCCGGACCUCAGCCCGAGGGGACCUCCGCCGGCGUUGGAUGUCGAUCCUCUCUAUAUGAGCGUGUCCGCGUCCUUUUGGUCGAUACCGAUCCUAACAGAGACAUUUUCCGUACGGACCUCGGCUUCUUCACUGCCUUUUAUAACGGCAUGAUCGAGAAACUUCUUCAUAGAGGAUACUGUCUCGAUUAGUUCAGGCGUUCCUUUUCUCGCCACAUGAUGAUGAUGAGGGAAGAAGGAUGCCCGGAAUUGGCCGAUUCCUUCACUGCCGAUUUCGCUGUUCUGGAGUCAUAGAUCCGAGAGUUGAAGUAAUUGGAAACUAACGGGGCUUCUUCUUUUGUGUCCUCUCAGCUGGAGCAUAGGCUGGCACAGUGGCGCGACCUGAGAUCUUCUAUCGGAUGCGAGCUUCAGUCACAUGAGAGCUCCAUUGCGCAGCUAAUGGCUACCGUAGCGAGGAAAGAUACGGAUAGAGCUGAGCUACUCCGCUCUUUGGACUCGAGCCGCGAGGAAGUGACUAGGUUGAAAGAGGCCUUGAAGCGUGCCGAGGAAUCUGUUACUCUUAUUGCAGAUGACCUGGCCGGAUUAGAGUGUUCUCGUGAACAGGCACUCGAGAGGCUAGGAUCCACCCAGGAGAGACUGAUGAAGCUGAAGAGUGAAGCCAUGGAGAUUUUGAGCAGUUCUGAAGAAUCU